AUGGGAAAAAUGCAGCACAUCGUUGCCUACAUAACGGGAGGCGCGAACGGUAUUGGGAAGGCCAUCGCCGAGAAGAUUCUUUGUGGGGGUGGUAAAGUGGUGUUGGCCGAUAUAUCUUGCAAUGGACUUAAAGUUGCCGAGAAAAUGGGCGAAAGAGCUCUAUUCUCGUGUACAGACGUGAGAAGCGAGAGGGACGUGCUGGAGAGCAUGAAAUGCACCAAAGAGAAAUUCGGGGGAGUGAAUGUGCUCGUGAACGCCGCUGCUGUCUUCGGAGCCGAGCCACUCUACGACUUCAAGCAGAAAAAGCCUCACUCGUCCGAUCUGUACAGGUGUCUAUUCGACACCAACGUGUGGGGGUUGUUCAACGUCACCCGCCUAAUGGUUGGCAUGAUGGCGGAGAACAAGCCAGACGCGCAUCGGCAGAGAGGCGUUAUUAUCAAUCUUUCGUCAACGGUAGCGUUCGACUCGCCACCAGGACACGUCGCCUACGGUGGUGCAUCGGCAGCGGUAGCAGGAAUGACGAUACCCUUCGCCAGAGGACUCGCGCAGAGAGGAAUACGCGUUGUCGGCGUGUGCCCCGGUUUCAUCGAGAGCCCCAUGACAGCUUCGUUGAAACCAGAAGAGAAGAAGUUGUGGAUCACCAUGAAGCUGACACCGAGGCGUUUUGGAUGCAGCGAAGAAGUUGCUCAUCUGAUCCAAGCGUGCAUCGAGAAUCCUUUGAUCAACGGUGAGAACAUUCGCAUCGAUAUGGGCUUUAGGUACAACCAAACUGGAGACGGCCAGCAAGAAGAUGGGAAGUGUUAA